GUAUAUAUUCCUCAAAGGGAAAGGCUGCCCCAGACAGUGUUGAAGUUUCCACAGACUUUACUUGUUCGUCUGUUGAGAGGUUCGUGCUCAAGUUGAGGACCUGAGCCGCGCGCCAAAAUGUGUAAGGGACUGGCAGCUCUGCCGCACUCAUGCCUGGAAAGGGCCAAAGAGAUCAAGAUCAAAUUGGGAAUUCUUCUCCAGAAGCCGGACUCUGCUGUUGACCUUGUCAUUCCGUAUAAUGAGAAGCUGGAGAAGGCUGCCAAGGCGCACAAGCCCUCGCUGGAGGAGGUCCUGCAAUGGCGCCAAUCCCUGGACAAACUUCUCCAGAGCAACUAUGGAUUUGCCAGCUUCAAAAGUUUCCUGAAGUCUGAAUUCAGUGAGGAAAACCUUGAGUUCUGGGUUGCCUGUGAGAAUUACAAGAAGAUCAAGUCCCCCAUCAAAAUGGCGGAGAAGGCAAAGCAAAUUUAUGAAGAAUUCAUCCAGACAGAGGCUCCUAAAGAGGUUGGGAUGUGGGUGAACAUCGACCACUUCACUAAAGACAUCACCAUGAAGAACCUGGUGGAACCUUCCCCUCACAGCUUUGACCUGGCCCAGAAAAGGAUCUAUGCCCUGAUGGAGAAGGAUUCUCUGCCCCGCUUCGUGCGCUCUGAGUUUUAUAAGGAGUUAAUCAACUAGUAAUUGGGUCAGGCAUCAAAAAGUCACCCUGUGAGUUGAGUUACAUCCUCUAGAGCAGCACAGCAUCCUCUAGGCACCUGCACAUUUCUCCAUAGCAGCUUUGCUCCAAGACACCCAAACAUAGGCGAACCACAGGCCGUGUUGCUAACUCUUUCACUCAUGUUGGUUUGGUUGUGUGGAUCUGUUGUCUAAGACCCUUCACUUUCUUUUGUUCUUUCUGACUGCUUUGUAAUAAAGAUUUUACCAAGUUACUGUCAGUCUAAGUCACAGAAAUGCCCUGUUUAACAUAAAGCUCUCUGUGCAAAGAAUAGGUGAUAGACUGCUCUUGAAACUAGACUGUAAAGGAAAAACACGUGAGUGUCCCCUUUCAUGGGGAUUUGACUGGUCUUGUUUAUUGUUUUAAUUCUUAUCCUCUAAUGACUUCAGAAUUUGGGUAGUAAGAGCAGCAAGCUGGUUAUAAGGCAGCCACCAUUGGGUUUUUAAGCAAAUACAUUAUUUGACAUUACUGACUUCUCCUUUCUAGAGUACCGCUGUGUUAGAUGGACCUUCUCAAUAAGAUGUACAAUGGAUAUAUUGUGCUUCUAGACAGAAGUCAUUUCAAUUCUGCCCUUAUGCUUCUGAAUCACAAGGGAAAAAGUCAAUCUUUGACUCUCUCGAACAAUCAGAAAUGCUAAAUACCCCCAAAUCUUCUUGAGCUGUUCCUUAAACAAUGGAAAAAAAUUUUAAAUUGAAAUAUUUUAUUCACAUUAGUUGGAUAUCCAAACGUCUGAAAAUACCCAAGGAACCAGCCGGCUAUUAUACACUCACCCAGAUGACUCUUGUGGUCUUGUGGAGACCUCAAACGACUGUGCUUACAAACUGACUGAGUGAGUGGCUAGUCUUGUCAGUGCAGGGUGAGGAGGGUGGGAAGAGCACCUCAAGGGCAGUCUGUGAGGCCACAAAAGAAUGCAGGAAGGUAUGCUUCUGCAGUCUAAUGGCUGCAUUAUAUAUCCAGACAUUUACUAUAUCUCUAUAUAAUUUUAAGUUUAAAGCAAUAUAUAUACACACACACAUAUAUAUAUUCUUCUAGCAUAUAUGACAGCUAAUGGGAGGUAAGUAUUCUAGAUCCAAAGGAGAAGCCAAAUGUAUUAAAAUUGGACUAGAAGCUUUUUGGAGGGGGAAAAAAAAAAGACAAGAACAAGCCUCUGUGUUAGUAGUAGUUUCUAUGGUAACAAGAAGAAAAUACAUUCUUUCAAAUCUGAGAAAUUAGGAAAAGUGGGAUGACCUUUCCAGGAAAAGAAUAUGUAGUAUUUGUUUAGCAUUCCUUCCCCCUGCUUCCCCUGCUCGACUGUUUCCCUUGAGUAAAUUGCCUGAGAAAGUACGAAGCUUACUUAGUGCAUGAGCCCAGGGCUGCUUGGGUCUCCCUCUUCCAGGAGAACACAGCUAGGCUAAACGUGGGUCUGGGAUGUAGGAAAGGGUCAGGUCUACAUUGUGGUCAAUGAACAAGAGUACGUGCUUCUUGUUCUUGAAGGAAGCCUGUGGUUCACCUAGGAACUGGCCCAUAGUAUGGGUUUCUGCCUGAGUCUGAUAUAGUUCUGGGUUGAAGGUCAAAUUAAUCUUUAAAUCAAAUCAGCAGAGACCAUCGCUCUCAGGAGUCUGUGUCCCAUGUGUGUGCAUUAGAGCAGGAUUGUUCAUGUAAAUAGACACACGGACACACACACACAUGCACAUGCCUCUGCACACAUGCACAGACACACACAGAUACAGACACACAAACACAGACAUACACACAACGACACAGACAUGCACACUCACACACACACUUUGUCCUAUGUAGAGGACACCUUUCAAAAGGCAGAACCAAAUAUAUGGACUAUUUUACCCUCUUCGUUCAUAUUCCAUACACCACCAUACCUUACUGUAAACACUGAACUUUUAGCACAUUUUCAUUUUGAAUGCAUGAGGUGAAUUAAGAGAAAGUUUUUCUUUUAUUCCAUUUAAAGACAUAGACUUCACUUGAUUGAUGCUCCUUCUGUAUAAAAUCCAUUUCAAUGAGGAUUCAAUUAUUUCACGAAGAGCAAUCGCCAUCCAUUAACAGAUCCACUGAUAAGCUAAUAAGCACUCCAUUCCUGGGAUUUGCCAAAUUAUGCCAUCAUACAAGAGAUGGUUUGAGAAUUCUUUAAGUGGCCAGUUAAUUGGGAGGAAUGACUUUCACUCCUGAAACCGUAUCCUCUAACAGGCAUUUCCUUCACUUCCUGGGGAUUUAGCAGAUUUUGAAGAUAAUUGGACACUAGGAGAAGGAUAAUAAAACAGAAAGGGGAAAUAGCAAAGAAGUAAGCGCUCGGGCCUAGGAAAAUUAGCCCACUGGCUAGAAAGCACCAGAGGCACAGCCCAACAUGAAGGAUAAUCAAACCGCAUCUCGCUGUCUUCCUGUGGGGUUACAGAUGGUGUUUCAGGGCUCACCAUGAGGCGAGACAGGGAAGUUCAUCUUAAGAUCCUACAGGAAAUUAACUAGAGAAACGGGCAACUAUGGUGGGCUUCUUUUCCAGUAGACUUGGGAUGGGGGGGUGGGGCAGAAAGUAGAGAGCGGAGGGUUCAGUUUGGCGCAUCCAAGCACCCAAACCACAGAGCUAGCGAACUCUAGGCAGGUUUGGGCUGUAAGUCUUGGUGAGUAGACUCUCCAGAGUUGAGUCUCCGUUCCACAUGCCUUGCAGCAUCCAUUUAACAUUCUCAGCACAAUUUCAAAAGCUACUUCCGGUGUUAGACCCACUUCCCAUUAAAUAAGUCCUGUGGCUAAUGAAAGCAAUUGGUAACCGAAGAAGAAGCUUUCUGUAGCCUCAAUAAGCCAUCCUGGAACUGAAUAGUGUCUGCUGUCCCCACUGAGGAGACAUCCGGGACUCUAAAUGAAAGCUUAUUGCAGAGAAUGAUGAAGGCAGCCCAUGGGGAGCUUUGGAGUUUUAUCCUCAAUUCACUAUUUAAUACUAAUCAUACGUAUCGAGUAGAGAGGCUAUGUAACCAUUUUGCUCAUACCCACUUUAAUAUGUUCCCUCAUUUGAUACGCCUUUCCCUCCUCCCUCACUUGCCCUCCCCUCCUCUCUCUCUGAAACACCAUGGCUCAUAGUACUUAGGUAACAGUGACUAUGUUUAAGAGCACGUAAGUUCCUACCUAAGAAGAGGCACAGACAAAAGCAUAGACAAAAUGAAGGGAAAUGCUGAGAAAUAGGUCACAGGAGGCGAGGAAUCUGAGUAACAUUUGCCAAACAUUGCAGGACGUGAAAUCAUGGAGGUGCGAAGGAACUACAGUUUUGUUUUUAAUUCUAUAACUUGGGAGGUUAUUCUUUUGGGGAGUAGAAUGGAAUGGGAUGAGAGGUUUUUUAAGUCCUGUGCCAGCACUUCUCUCAUAAGUUUUAAAUUCUGGACCAAUAAUGUUUGUUUCAUGAUUAUUGUAUCCAAUAUUUUGUGUAGUAUGUAACUCACUCUUACUGAUAAUAAAAGAAAUAUUAGCCUAUAACAGAAAUCA